AUGUUGCAGAAAGCUUCAAAGCAUGUUCCCCUGAUGGCUAUCCUGAAAAUGAUUCCUUUUUCGUUGGCCAAAUUUCUUAUUAAGACGGGCAUCAUCCAUUGGAUCUCCACAAUAUUUAAGGAUGCAAGCACAAAUGUUAUUCAGGUUGUUAAUAAGCUGACAGAAAACAAAGAUCUAAGAGUUGUCUUCUGCUACAUGUUCACCGGUGUCCCUCCCAAAGAAUCCAGCUUUGUUAUGAAUGCACUGUUGGUACAUCACUAUAAGCGUGGAGCUUGGUAUCCCAAAGGAGGUGCCAGCGAGAUUGCCUUCCAUUGUAUCCCAGUUAUCCAGAGGACAGGUGGGGCUGUUCUUAUGCGCGCCCGUGUGCAGCAGAUUUUAAUUAGCAAAAAUGGAGAGGCCUGUGGUGUGACUGUCAAAAAAGGGCAAGAGAAAAUAAAUAUUUAUGCCCCCUCGGUGAUCUCUGAUGCCGGAAUUUACAACACUUAUGAAUGUCUUUUACCAAAGGAAAUCCAAGCCAAACCCGACAUCCAGUCACAGCUUAGCAUGGUGCGUCAUAGCAUGGGAUCGUUCCUUGUGUUCGUCGGUCUCAAAGGUACAAAAGAAGAGUUAGGGUUGAGAGCAACCAAUUAUUGGAUUUAUCAAAACAACAACAUGGAUGAGCUAAUGUGUCACACCAUGCCUGCAAGCAAGGAGGAGUUUGUCAAAACUAUUCCGAUGUUAUUUGUUACUUUUCCAUCAGCCAAGGAUAUCACCUGGAAGGAACGAUACCCAGGAAAUUCGUGUAUGACAAUUCUGACCAUGGCUCGCUACGAGUGGUUCGAGGAAUGGAAAGAUGAAAAAGUAAAGAGUCGAGGGGCGGACUACGAGACGUGGAAGAUGGACAUUGCCAGGAAACUAUUGGACCGGGCCAUAGAUUUGUUUCCACAGCUGAAGGAUAAGAUUGAAUACAUCAAUGCGGCGACUCCUCUCAGUAAUCAGUACUACCUGGCUGCACCUCGAGGGGAGAUGUACGGUAUCGAGCAGGACCUUCAUCGGUUCACUCCUGAAGUCGUCGCCUCCAUCAGAGCCAAAACGCCCGUGAAGAACCUUUACCUCACUGGUCAAGAUGUCUUUUCCAAUGGGAUAGCAGGAGCUAUGCAUGGAGGACUUCUCUGUGCCUCUGCCAUUCUCAGGCGAAUUGUGUAUGUAGAUCUUAUUUUUCUUAAACGGAGACUUAAGAAGAAACAACUUAAAAAAGUUGUGUGAACCUCUGACAGCAGGUUUAAUCAGUGCUUCAUGGCACUGUGAAUAAAGGAUGCUUGAUUCAAUUCCA